CUUUUAUAUAAGUCAAAACAAAACGAAUAAUUUUUUUUUUAUUUUUUUUAUUAAUUUGUUAAAAGCAUUUAAAUUAUGUUAGAAUGGCGGUGUUCCAUUUGAUAAUUAUUACCACAUUAGUCAUAAUCUUACUCUACAGUUCAUUACAAAUACUAGAUGUAGUGACGACAUAAGAAAUGAAAAUAAUAUUAAUGUAAAUAAAAAAUUGCGCAAUAACUCAACAACAACAUCAGCAGGAAAGACAACAAAAACGGCAAAACAAGAAAGCGAAGUUGAUAAAAAUUUCAUUGAAUUAUUCAAAACAAAUGAAACUGAAGCAGAACAAAUACUAUUAAAUGCAGAAAUUUAUAUGAAUGAUCAUUAUGAGAAAUUACGUGAAAUUUUCGAUUCUUCACAUCAAAAAUAUAGCCAAAUCAAUACUGGACCAGUAUUGCAGGAAACGAUGGCCAAUUAUAGAGAAUUUUUAAUUGAUUUAUCGAAUAAAUUAAGUUCAUUUCGUAUAAGUUCCUUUAAAAAUGAAACAUUGAAAAGACGUUGUAAAUUAUUAUGUAAACUUCAAUUAGAAGGUUUACCGAAACAACAUUAUGACAAGGUUAUGACGCUUCUUAGAGUUAUGAAACAGUUUGCAACAAUAAAAAAUGUAUGUUCAUAUGAAGCAAAAGUUUGCACUGAUCGUGAUAAUGUUGCAUAUGUUCCAAAAAUCAAAGAAGUUAUUUUAAUGUCUAAAAUUCCACAAAAAUUAUCAUACUACUGGAAAGAAUGGCGUGAUACUAUAGGACCUGUAGCAAGAGAAUACUUUCUAAAUUACACAGAUUAUUUUCGGCAAACAGCUCAUCUGAAUGGACAUAUAACACCAUCUAGAACUUGGUAUUUGUAUUAUGAGACGCCGAAUUUUCUUAUGGAAUUAGAACAUGCUAUUAAACAAAUUGAACCAUUAUACAAAGAACUUCAUGCUUAUGUUCGUUAUAAUUUAAUAAAAAAAUAUCCGGGUGUACGUCUCAAACCCAAUAAACCUAUACCUCAACAUUUAAUGGAACAAGUUAUUGAACAUUCUUGGAGAUCUGUUAGUGUUUUUGAAGUACCAUUUCCAAAAUUACAUUUACCAAAUAUUAAAAUAAAAUUAGAUCAACAAAAGUAUACCUCAAAAACUAUAAAUGAGGUAACUGAAGAAUUUUACAAGUCUUUAGACAUGCAAAAUUUGCCAGAUUCUUUGUGGGAAAAAUAUGCCCGAAUGAUAUCAGAAGAUGAAUAUCAAGGUGAAUGCAAAGCUGACAUUCUUUAUUAUCCACCGGAAGUUGCACUUAAAUAUUGCCCAAAAAUUACAUAUAAAUACUUUUUACAAAUGCAUGGUCAAAUGGGUGAAUUACAUUAUAAUUAUAGACGGGGACAGUUACCAUUCGGUUUAGAUAGAGAAGCAUGUCCCGGUUUCGGAAAAGCAAUAAGUGAAGCAGCUGUUAUUUCAGCUGGAUGUCCACGCUAUUUAAACAGAAUAGGUUUAAUUGGAAAUGAUAGUUUAACUACAGAGCUUUCAAUGAAUAGAUUGUUUAGAAUGGGUGUACAUACCAUAUUUGGUGUAAUGCAGCAUUUUGUAAACGAAAAAUUUUGGGUUAUGAUGUUAGAUGGAAAAAUUAAACCUGAGAAAAUGAAUUGCAAAUAUUGGGAUAUUCAAGAGGAAUAUGCUGGAGUUUCGGCACCAGUAGAAAGAACUAACCUCAAUUUUGAUGUUAGUUAUAAAUUUUUUGAUGGUAUUGAUCCAAGUAAAGCUGUUACAAUUAAACUUGUUUCUGAAUUAAUGGGGUAUCAAAUUAAUAGAGCACUUUGUAUUGAAAGUGGUCACUAUGUACCAGGUGAUCCAAAAUAUCCAUUACAUAACUGUGAUUUUUCUGAUAGUAACAAAUCUGGAAAAUAUUUGGAAGAAGCUAUGCAUCUUGGAUCAAAGAAAAAUUGGCGGGAUGUUUUGGAAAAUUUGACAGGUGAAAGAGAAAUUAGCGCUAAUGCUAUUUUAGAAUAUUAUUACCCACUUUAUGUUUGGGUUAAAGAACAAAAUGAACAAAAUGAAGUCGAAACUGGAUGGAAUGAUUCCUACAUGUGUGAAGAAGAAGUCUAAAACUAUUCUAAUGGUUGCUUGUAAUACAAAUACAACGAUUUAUGUGUAUUGCAAAAUGAUAUAUAGGAAAUAUUAUAGCUUUAUUCCGUUUUAAGGUUAUGUUAGUUUACUAAAAAAUAUAAUUAAUUUAAUAAAGUGAUUGUAAUGUGAAAAUUUAAACAAAAUUACGACAAAAAAUAAUCAGCUUGUUUAUAAUUAUCAUUGUCAAAAAUAUUUAUGGUAUACCAACUUGCAACUCAUAAACUUUGCAAUAUUUCAUAUAGAGCUUUCUAGGAAAAAAAAAGAUUUUGAAGUUUUUGAAUGCACAGUCUAAUUACCACUUAUUGUUCCAUAAUUUUCAAGGUGAUGAUGACAACA